AUGCUGCAGGAUCGCGAGGGCGAAGAGCUGCGGCGACGCCACCAUGCCAGCGCCAAGGAAGAGCCCGAGAUCUCUUCACAGGACGAGGGCGACGAGAAUGAAGAGGAGGAGUCAUUACAGCCGCCCGUUAUUCCGCCCGUUUGGAUGGUCGGCAUCCAAGAGGCUCCCGACUGGCCGAGCUCAAUAUCUGAUGAACAAGUACGCGACGUUGGACAGCCAAUUCUACGCCGACUUCGAGCCGUUGGCCCUAUCGUCGCGCUCUCGAUUGUGCUUUAUAUAGGAGUCGUCACCGUCUACAUGCAUUCGAUGUGGUGGCCGUUGGACACGCUGGGCGGGGUGGCGCAUUUUGUGUUAUUCCUCGCCUGGACCUACGCUACUUUGAACAACUUUUUGUUGGCAACAUACGUGGGCGGUGGCUACAUCCCGAAGAAGUGGAAGCCGGAUGCGUCGAUCCCGAUCGAAGGCGACGUCGUGAAUCGAUUGCAAUGGUGCAAAGUUUGCGACGGCUUCAAGCCACCCCGCUCGCAUCACUGCAGCAAUGUGGAUCAACAACUGUGUGGGCCACCGGAAUCAGCGUUCUUCGUUCGAUUCUUGCUGGCUGCCGUGAUCGGCUGCUCGCAUGCGACGGCGAUUCUCGGGCUUUCCAUCUAUCACGCUAUUCAUAUUUCGUGGUAUAUCCGAUUCGGGGACGGCACGGAGCCAAUUAUUGAGAUGACGUUUACGACGCUUUUGGUGGUUGUCUCGGCGCUGGCGUUGGCCAUGGGCGUCACCGUGGCGUUGACCUGCCUCCUCUUCUUCCAGGCCAAGUACAUCCUCUACAACAAGACCGGCGUCGAGGAAUAUAUUUAUGACAAGGCGCAGGCUCGAAUGAGUGAUGAGGGGUAUCGCGGGAUCAACUUUGUCUACCCGUAUGAUCUACAUUUCCGCCGGAAUAUUUCUGAGGUGCUCUCCAACUUCAAGGGCCGGGCGAAGGGCUCCGGGAUCUGGUGGCCAAUUCGCGGCGAUUGCACGCAGUUCACGUUUUCGGAAGAACAACUACGCCAGAAGAAGCUGAAGCGCAGCCACGCGCGCUACGUAAACAUCGUCAAGCGCUGUAGUGCCGGUUUUUGUGGAUCCCUCUGCACAAAUCCGGGGGCCUGCAUCUGCCAGCCGAUGUCCGAUCAGCCACGGCUUCAGGUCGAAGAGGGCGAGAAAUGGAUUGUCACCGGCGGGAAUAAGAGAUGGCUGUACGGGUUCCGGCAGGGCACCGAGGCGAAGGGCUGGUUCCCCCGAAAAUGCGCCCAGCUGCUCGAGGAACGACCGCAUCUUGAA